ACGUUGCCCUACUGGGGAAGUUCCCAGGACUACAACACCCAGAAGGCUGCGCGCCGCCCGCCGCGUGCUUGCGUAGGGGCGGUGCCUACGGCGGCUGUUCAGGGUCGGAGCUGGCGGGAAGAUGGCGACCGAGCACCCAGAGCCGCCGAAGGGGGAGCUGCCGCUGCCGGCCUACGGGGCCUGGGCGCCCGCCGAGCUGCAAGCGAAGUUGGCCGAGAUCGGGGCCCCGGUGCAAGGCAGCCGUGAGGAGCUGGUGGAGAGGCUGCAGACAUACACGCUGCAGACUGGCAUCGUGCUGAGCAGGCCGUCUCUUAGGGGAGAUGAUGGUGACAAGCCCACCCCACCCCCGAUACCUGGACAGCUCCCUGGGAUCCCCUUGCCCCCUCCCCCCAUGGGGAUGCCACCCAUGCAGCCCCCGCCACCCCCUCCUCCUCCCCCUGGCAUCAGUCUCAACUUCCCCAUGGGCGUGGGGCCCCCUCCGCCGCCCCCAGGCAUGGGCCCCCCCCUCCGCAUGCAGAGCGUGGACCCCUCGGCUCUGUCAGAGGAAGAUCGUCUGAAGCUGGCGCAGCAGCAGGCAGCCAUGCUAAUGCAGCAGGAAGAGAGGGCUAAGCAGGCUGCAGUCUUACUAGAACAGGAGAGACAGAAAGAGAUGGCCAAGCUGGCCCCCCCGGUGCCCAGACCCCCUCUGGAUGUGGGGCCUGUCAGACCCAUAGGACCAAGGCCCCCAAUGGUGCCACGAGGUAGUGCCCCUGUAGGACCCCCACUGCCUGGAGUUCCUAUUGGUCCCCCUGGCCCAAGGCCGCGGGGGCCACCACCGCCUCCUGGGGAAGAAGGCCGAGAGACAGACGAUUCCACUGUUGGCCCCAAGAUCCCUCAGGCCCUGGAGAAGAUCCUGCAACUCAAGGAGAUCCGGCAGGAGGAGCUCAUAACUGUGCCUGGCACCACAGAUGAUGAUAUGGAGACAGAUUUGAAGGCAUUGAUCAGUAUCUCUGCUUCCGAGACAGAGGAAGACAUGGCUCUAUCAAAGAAAGAGAGGAACCGUAAGCGCCGUAACCGGAAGAAGAAGAAGAAGGCACGUGUGGCAGCAGAGGGCAAAGGGGAGAAGGAAUCUCCACGCACUGAGCCCAAAGACAGCGAGUCAGUGGUGGAGAUUGAGUAUGUCACUGAGGAGCCGGAGAUCUAUGACCCCAACUUCAUCUUCUUCAAGAGGAUCUUCGAUGCCUUCAAGCUGACGGAUGAUGUAAAGAAAGAUAAAGAGAAGGAACCUGACAAGGCAGACAAGCCAGAGAGCGCAGCUGCACCCAAGAAGAAGGGCUUCGAGGAGGACCGGAAGGGCAGCGAUGAUGACAGUUCUGAUGAUGAACAGGAGAAGAAACCUGAGGCCCCCAAACUGUCUAAGAAGAAGCUGAGACGUAUGAAUCGUUUCACGGUGGCAGAGCUCAAACAGCUUGUGGCGCGUCCGGACGUGGUGGAGAUGCAUGAUGUGACCGCCCAGGACCCCAAGCUGCUGGUUCACCUCAAGGCCACCCGCAACUCGGUGCCUGUGCCCCGGCACUGGUGCUUCAAGCGCAAGUACUUGCAGGGCAAGCGGGGCAUUGAGAAGCCGCCUUUCGAGCUGCCUGACUUCAUCAAGCGCACAGGCAUCCAGGAGAUGCGAGAGGCGCUGCAGGAAAAGGAGGAGCAGAAGACAAUGAAGUCAAAGAUGCGGGAGAAGGUUCGCCCCAAGAUGGGCAAGAUCGACAUUGACUACCAGAAGCUGCAUGACGCCUUCUUCAAGUGGCAGACCAAGCCCAAGCUCACCAUCCAUGGAGACCUCUACUAUGAGGGCAAGGAGUUUGAGACGCGGUUGAAAGAGAAGAAGCCGGGGGACCUGUCAGAUGAACUGCGUAUUGCCUUGGGGAUGCCCGUUGGCCCGAAUGCCCACAAAGUGCCACCCCCAUGGCUGAUUGCCAUGCAGCGCUAUGGCCCACCCCCCUCCUACCCUAACCUGAAGAUCCCGGGCCUCAAUUCACCCAUCCCAGAGGGCUGCUCGUUCGGGUACCAUGCCGGGGGCUGGGGGAAGCCUCCUGUUGAUGAGACUGGGAAGCCCCUGUAUGGAGACGUCUUUGGGACCAAUGCUUCUGAGUUCCAGACCAAGGCAGAAGAGGAGGAAAUCGACCGGACACCCUGGGGGGAGCUGGAGCCAUCAGACGAGGAAUCCUCAGAGGAGGAAGAGGAGGAGGAGAGUGAUGAGGAGAAGCCAGAUGAGACGGGCUUCAUCACCCCAGCUGACAGUGGCCUGAUCACGCCAGGCGGCUUCUCCUCUGUCCCUGCCGGCAUGGAGACUCCCGAGCUCAUUGAGCUGAGGAAGAAGAAGAUAGAGGAGGCCAUGGAUGGCAGCGAGACGCCCCAGCUCUUCACAGUGCUGCCAGAGAAGCGAACAGCCACAGUUGGGGGCGCUAUGAUGGGUUCCACUCACAUCUAUGACAUGUCCACGGUGAUGAGCCGGAAGGGGCCAGUGCCAGAAAUCCAGGGAGUGGAGGUGGCGCUGGCUCCUGAGGAGUUGGAGCUUGACCCGAUGGCCAUGACCCAGAAGUACGAAGAGCACGUGCGGGAGCAGCAGGCCCAGGUGGAGAAGGAGGACUUCAGUGACAUGGUGGCUGAGCAUGCAGCUAAGCAGAAGCAGAAGAAGCGGAAAGCACAGCCCCAGGACACGCGUGGGGGUGGCAAGAAGUACAAAGAGUUCAAGUUCUAGCCCCAUCCCUUCUGUUUUUAACCCACUUGUUCCUGUUCUGUAGGGAGAACUGCACUCCCUGCUGCUCAGCCCCCUCCAAUUGUUUUGUGUUUUUUUUUUGUAAAUAAAAUCCAGAGUGCUGGGGCAAUGGCCCUGCCUGGGCUCUGUCUCA